CCUAUUUCUCUCCUCUACCUUCUCUCCUUCUCCACCAGCUCCUCCCUCCACCAUUCCCUUCCUCCUCUCUCCCCCACCUUUGUGUUCUCUCCUUCCCCUUUCUCUCCUCCCCUUCUCUCUGGCUGUAGUCUGGAGGACAGGACGGGAUCCGAGGUGACACAGGACUUCUGAACUCUCUCAUUGGGCCUUCUAGGUGCCAGGGUGUGCAAAUUCACAUUGGCUACUCUCUAUCUCACUGUUCCUCCCUCCUCCAUGGCAUGUGAGUGACGGCAAAGAGGACGCAAUGCCAGCUAUUCAUGAGGCAGGCUACUGCCCACAGACAAUUGGUUACUGUAGCAGUGCCUUAUUCAGUGCAAAGGGAGACCCCCUCUGACACUGGAAGAGUACUGAAGGCACAGCUGGCCCUGGCUCUGUAUGAUAAUGCAGCAGAAGCUCCUGAAGAGCUUAGUUUCCGAAAAGGAGAUGUGAUAUUGGUUCUAGAGCGAGAUGCCCCUGCGCUAGGAGGAUGGUGGCGAUGUUCUUUAAGAGGACAACAGGGAAUUGCCCCUGGGAACCGAUUACGGCUUCUUCCAGAAACCUCCUCACAGGAAAACGAAUACCAGGCUCCUCGUCUUCUAGGUGCCAGUGGAGAUCUUAACAGUCAGGGUCAGGAGCCACAAAUCAGUGUGGAUACAUCACAAGCUCAGGCAGGCACUGAGGUAUAUCAGGUUCCUUCCAUAGCCCGUCUUUGCCUUUCCCCUACACAUAACCAAGCUCAGGAUGAAAUUUACAACUCACCACGUCUGGUUGGAGUAUCUACACAACAAUUGACGGAGGUAUAUGACACACCUUCUGCACUGCAACGAGAUGUUUUCUCAGCCUCUGAAAUAUAUGACAGUCCAGCAUUACGAGUGAAAGAUGUGGCUGUGGUGCCCCCUGUGUCUGAAGAAAUUCCAGAGGACAUCUAUGAUGUACCUCCUGCAUUACACUGCAUUCCUCAUGAUGAGGAUGAUGAAGAUGAAGGCGUUUACUCCCUACCUUCCAACCUAAAGCGGGUGUCAGGGCUGCAAAAUUUGUACGAGGCUCCUGAAGAUAUCCUGAGUUCAGGCCAUGUCCCAGAAACAGUAGAGCCAGUCAAUACCCACAGACUUUCUAUUUCCAGCACAGGCAGCACCCGUUCUGCAGAUUCUGGAGAAAGUCGGGAGUCUAGCAUACAAUCUCUGCACAGCUUGGAUACCCGUAAUGAUGGUAAUUGUACAGUGGAGGGUUUGAGAUUGCUGCACCAAGAACUGCAACGGACAGUGACACCUGUGAGUGAUAAGGCGGAGGAAGGCUCAAUAGACAGGUGCCAAGAACAUCUGAUAUCAGCUCAGGGAAUGGAAGCUCUGAAGGAUUUUCUUGGCUUGGCGCAGGUUGUUCUUCUUCGAUCCUGCCAGGCUUCAGACCCUGCUCUUCAUCGGGAACUUUCUGGGCACCUAGAGCAUUUGGAGCAUGCUUUAAGGGAACUUGUGGAUGGAGGCAUGGAGGUGUCUUUGAUUAAACUGGUACAGGAGCAUAGCGGAUGUAUUGUUAAACUGGUUAGUGCUAAUGCUGGCCUCCUUUUCCCACGUCCACGAUUAUCAUCUAGUGAGAGUCUUUCUCGGCGCCCACUUCCAGCUCUACCCACUGCAUCCCCUGCCCCUUUCCGUAAGGGCAGCAUCCAGGAUAGACCUCUGCCACCCCCACCAACUCUUAUUUGUCCUGCAAGUGAUCAUGAAGAGAAUGCUGACAGUGAAUAUGAAAGAAUACAGUGCAGAGACAAUCAUUAUGUUCAUCUACAGGGAACUGCUGCAUCACAGACUGUACCAAAGCCCAGGGAUAAACAGACAAACACAGUGCAGAAAUGUUCACAGGAGAAAGAGACAAACCCCAGCAUAGAACCCUCGGAGGAAGAUUUGCAGUUGUUGCGGUUUUAUGCAACUCAAAGUAAUGGCCACCUGCAGACUCUGCAAUCCUGUGUUGGUGCCUUCCUAAACAGUGCAAGCUCACAGCCUCCCCGUGUGUUUGUGGGACAUGGAAAGCAAUUGGUGAUUGCAGCCCACAAGCUUGUGUUUAUCGGUGACACGCUCGGCAGGCUGCUAGGAUGUGCUCAGCUGCAAACAAAACUAGCAGGGGAAGGAAGUGCACUAUGCCAAGCACUUAAGGAAGUAGUUCUAGCAACAAAGGAGGCAGCAGCCCUGUAUCCAUCACCUGCGGCACUCAAAGCCAUGGCAAGUAGCGUCUCAGCACUGUGUACCUGUGCACGAAGCUUUACAGACUUGUUGCAAAGUUUGGCUAGCUGAAGUCUGCAGAACAAAGCCAAGAAUGUUGUAUAGUUUGAUGUAUCAUCCAGGUAAUAUAGCAAACAGCUUAAUAUCUCGGGGCUUAUGGCUGUGUCUGACCAGAAAUAGCAAUCACCUGCCAUCCUUAACACUUUACAGUCUUGUUUGUAUAUACCUUUUUAUUUUUUGUAUUUUCCGUUCAUUUUGUUUUUUAAACAAAUUAUUUAUUUUUUAUGAGCAUAAAAAAAUGACUCUGCUGUGGUUUCAAAAUAAAUAGUUAUAGGUAAUGAA